AUGUCGUCUCACAGCAACAGUAGCAACUCCUCCCCGCCGCGAGUCCCGCCACACAUUCGCUUGAAUUCGGGGCAGGAGGAUCUCCUGAACAACCCAAACGGUUCUCUGCGAGCACUUGUUCCCACAUCCUCUAGACCUACCACUUCGAAGCCACAGUCCCCAAAUCCAAACUCCUAUUCAUCAGAAAACGUGCAAGAUGCUGCCGAACGAUUAUUACCUCCCUCGCAAACCCGCCCUCACAGGUCCCGGGACGAUGCAUCUCCUCUGAGAUCGCCUGCCCUUUCCAGCUUCUCUUCACGACGGUCAAGUUGGGAGUCGGACCGGAGCAGAGACAGCAGAGGGUAUGAAAAUCCCUUCCGGGAUUCAAGUCAAUCAAGGCCUGGAUCAAGAGCUGGAAGUGAUGACAACGAUGUGAACACUCAGACCGUAUCUGAGAAAUAUAAUAUUCUCCCAUCGGCUGGACUUCUUCUUUUCCCUGAAGACGUCGAGAAAGACGAUUACCUGCACAACCCGGAUCCAAAUGGGGAACCACGCGACUGUGAUGUCUUCAACAGAAGAGGUAUCGUCAAUAUUGGCGGCCUUGCCAUCAUGACAAUAGGCAUAUUAGUCCUAUUCAUAGGCUAUCCUGUCUUGACUUUUGUGGAGAAGGUCACCAAUAAACCGGACCCGUGCAAAGACAGUAUUGGUUGCAUCAACAACGGCAAAGUCGAUCUCCUUAAAAAUGUGCGUACUGGUCUUAUUGACCCCCAUACGCCUGAGUCGGCCAAAACCAAGAAAGAUUACCAUGGCAACACCUGGAACCUCGUCUUCUCUGAUGAGUUCACAACACCCGGACGUACAUUUUAUGAUGGCGACGACCCAUAUUGGACGGCGAUGGACAUCUGGUAUGGCGUGACAAAGGAUCUGGAAUGGUACGAUCCAGAUGCCGCCACCACGAAUGAUGGUGUCCUGGAGUUGCGAUUUGACGCUUUUCAAAACCAUGGUCUGAAUUACCGGUCCGGCAUGCUACAAUCUUGGAACCAAAUGUGCUUCAAAGGUGGCAGACUGGAGGCGAGCAUAUCCCUUCCUGGUCGCGGUGAUACCGUCGGGUUCUGGCCCGGAUUUUGGUCAAUGGGUAACCUGGGUAGACCGGGUUAUGCUGCUACUACUGAUGGGCUGUGGCCCUAUUCCUAUGACGAUGUCUGCGACGCUGGCAUUACCGCCAACCAGAGUUCACCAGACGGCAUCAACUACUUGCCUGGUAUGCGACUCCCAGCCUGUACGUGUUCCGGAGAAGACCAUCCGACACCUGGGAAAUCGCGCUCCGCACCUGAGAUCGAUGCGAUCGAAGCCAGUGUGGCCGCAUUCGAUGAAGAAGGAAACCAGAUCGGCAAGGCCUCGCAAUCAUUCCAGGUAGCACCAUUCGAUAUCUGGUAUCAGCCAGAUUAUGAGUUUGUGGAGAUCAUGGACUUCACAAUCACGGAAAUGAAUACCUACAAAGGUGGUCCCUUCCAGCAAGCAGUGUCGGGGUUGUCGAAUUUGAAUAACCAAUGGUAUGAUGGGAAUGCCUACCAAAUCUACGCCUUCGAAUACACACCCGGCGCCGAGGGAGACAUCACCUGGUUUGUUGGUUCAGAUCCGGUCUGGCGACUUCAAGGUCAAGCCCUUGGCCCCAACGGGAACGUGGCCCAAAGACUCAUCCCGGAAGAGCCGAUGUCGGUCGUUGUCAAUUUCGGCAUGUCUCCUGGCUUCUCGGCUCUCAACCUCACUGGACUGGCUCCAUUGAUGCCGGCCACCAUGAGGGUCGACUACAUCCGUAUAUACCAAGACGACGACGGCGAGAUGACCUGCGAUCCUGAGGGCUACCCGACCACCGACUACAUCCGACAGCAUUCCAGUGCAUAUCAGAAUCCAAACAUCACCAGCUGGCCGGACACUGGCUAUGCAUGGCCCAAGAACAGCCUGGUCGAUGGCUGCAAAACCUAA